AUGCAUCUUGAGGAAUAUCAGAAGCAGCAUCCCGGGCUGGACUUUUCCCUGUGCAGGCGCAACGAGCAGCUCGCUAAGGAGGGCCUGACGAUGCCUUUCAAGAAGACAGGCACGACCAUCGCGGGGAUGCUGUUCAAGGACGGGGUGAUUCUCUGUGCGGACAAGAGAUCGACGAUGGGCACGAUCGUUGCAGAAAAGCACUGCAACAAGCUGCACCGGAUCGGCCCGAACAUCAUCGUCGCGGGGGCCGGCACGGCUGCCGACAACGACCAUGUGAACCGGCUGCUCUAGGCCAACCUCGAGCUGAUGCGGCUGAACUCGGGCCGGGAGACCCGCUUCGAGUCCUUUGUCACGCAGUCCUGCCGGCUGCUCUACAAGUACCAGGGAUACCUCGGGGUCUACAACAUCGCAGGGGGCGUGGACUGCAAGGGCGCGCACCUGGCGAUGAUCUCGGCUGACGGCAAUACCUACAUCCAGCCUUAUGGCGCGCUUGGCUCAGGCUCGUUGUAUGCGCUGUCGGUGAUCGAGAGCAAGUAUCGGGACGGAAUGACCAAGGAGGAAGCGAUCGCCCUGCUGACGGAGGGGGUGAUGGCGGGCAUCAUCCACGACCUGGGGUCAGGCUCUGCCCUCGACUUCUGUGUGCUGACCCAGGGCAACGUCGAAUACAUCCUCAAAGCGGCCACCCACGAAGACGCAGGCCCCAUCCGCACCGCCAUCUGA